AUGCAGCGUUUUGCUGGCACGCACAACACCGUUAUCAGGCUCUGUACGGAAAUACCAGAGAAACUUGGCUUAACACCGGCAAUGCUCAAACCUCUCAUAGAAAAUGAUACACUGGAGUCGGCGAUAAAGAAAAAGCGUCUUUUUAUAAUAGACCACUCAAUUCUACGGAAUUGUCCAACGAUCAAAGAGACUGUUGUUUGCUCUCCUAUAGCAUUGUUUUACCGACGGAAUGACAACAAAAUAGUUCCCAUCGCCAUUCAGCUGUUCCAAGACAAAGCCCACGAUAACCCAGUCUUUCUACCUUCCGAUCCCAAAUACACGUGGAUCCUUGCGAAAAUGUGGUUCAACAAUGCAGACACCUGCGUUCAUCAAGCAAACACCCAUCUUGGAUACACGCACAUCGUUAUGGAGGGAUUUGAAGUAUCCAUAAAUCGAAAUCUCUCCAAGGCACACCCGAUGUUUAAAAUAAUGGCACCGCACUUCAUGUAUCUGAUGACAAUCAACUAUCUUGCUUUAGAUAUCUUGCUCGGGGAAGGUCAAUUUAUGAACACAGUCGUUUCUGUGGGUACGGAAGGAGCCUACGAGUUGAUCAGGCGUUACCGAACCAAAUGGAGGCUCAACGUUGAAGGAACGCUCCCGGCGGACCUAAAAGAGCGAGGUGUAGACAGCACAGAUGUAGUUCCUGACUAUCCCUUUCGGGAUGAUUCGCUGCUGACGUACAACGCAAUCCUACAAUACGUAACAGACUACGUUCACCUCUACUAUCCAUCCGAUAAGGAGUUGAGUGAAGAUAAUGAGACACAGAACUGGCGGGCAGACCUGGAGAGACCAAUACAUGAUGGUGGCCUUGGUAUUCUUGGUGUUGAAGGGGUCGACGGGAGAUUUACAUCACGUGAACAACCGAUUCAAGUAGUCACGAGCAUUAUCUACACGUGUAGCGCGGGUCACGCGGCAGCGAACUUCAAGCAGUACGACGAAUACGCAUACCCUAUGAAUUACCCGUCAAUGCUUUGCGGAAAGCCACCUAGCGACAGAGGAAGCCGUUCCGAGGUUGACGUCAUACAAACCAUUCAACCCCGCUUGAAUCACUACCAAGUGAUGACGAUAUUGAAAGUCCUAAGUGAUCAUUCAUUCGGGAACCAACUGGUUGAUUUCGACCAACGGUACAUCUAUGACCCGAAAGCGAUGCAUAUUGUGAAGAAGUUUAGAGCCGAUCUGUGUAAGAUUCAUAGAAAAAUCCAAAAACGGAACAUGGAAAGAGAAAUCCCGUAUGAUUACAUGGAUCCACUUAUAUACAGACAAACAGAAAGAUGGUCGGUCAGCCAGCUGAUCAGCCAGUCAGCCAGCGACCAGCCAGUCAGCAAGCCAGUCAGCCAGAUAGCCAGCAAGCCAGCCAGCAAGCAAGCCAGCCAGCAAGCCAGCCAGCAAGCUAGCAAGCCAGCAAGCCAGCAAGCCAGCUAG